CGCUAUUCGACGUGUUAAUGUUGUGAGUGCUCAGUUUUCGUGGUAUAAUGCAUCGAACUUGAAAUCAAUUCAAAUAACCCUUCAUCUAAAAUAAAAGAAGACGGAUCCAACUAAAUACCCCCUCGUUUGCUGUCACUGUGUCAAAUGAAAGAAACACACCUUGUAAAUACUGUCAACAGAAACGUAACAGCUGAUCAAGGUAUCUGUCAACGAAACGUGGUUGCAAAUUAUUCCUGAAAGUUACGUCAUCCACGACGUGACGUCAUCUAUCGAUAAUGGCCGCCAAAGGUAGUUCCCCAUCUGCAGACUGCUAUCUACAGUUCGCCCAUGAGCUCCGUGAGAAGUGUCACAGACUCUGCCACAUCAAGGGGGCGCUGAAGCUGGAACGCAAAAUCAUUGCAGAGGUCAAGUUUUUGAGAAAUCUUCUCCGCAGAAACAGCGCUGUUCAAGAAAGUCACCUGAAGAGCAGCAACCUCAGCCACUACGCUGCCAUUGUGCAUGCAGCGGAAAAUGUGCCUGGAACCAUACAAAUUCUGCAGCCAUUCUCCUGCCCUGGUAAAAGUGACAGCCUCAUUGUGGAUGUUGUUGCAUGUCAAGGUCAUAUCUGGGUCAAGGUCAUUGCAAGGAAGGCACAAGCACUUCAUCUUGUUUGGGCAGGUCAAGGUCAGUUUGGAGAACGUGACCUGCUACGACAAGCAGACGAUUAUCUGGACAGUGCUGAGAAACACCCUCGUAACUUCACCAAUCCCGGAGUCUACUUUGUCUUCUACAACAAUGUCACCAUCCCCAUGUCUGAGGCUCUUCAGGACAAGGGUAUACAGGUGCUUGGGCAUCGGGUUCCAGUUGAUGGAAGUGUCAAGCAGAAGCUGAUGCAUCUACAAGAGGAGGAGGCGGAAGGUGGACAAAGAGAUGAAGAAGAAGAGUUCACUGGACCAGGAACUGGACCUGAAAUGGGAAGAGGAGAUGCUGAAGAGGUUGAUGAAGAUUUCAGUUCUAGGAUUAUGAGUGCCAGUGAGUUUCUUUCAGCUUCUUUCAGUGCUAAACAUCCUGAAAAAGGUUCAUUACAUGCAGACUCCAUCGGAAAUGAGUCUCGGCAAUGUGGAAAUGAUUGUGAAAGUUUUAUUUCUGAAUCUGUUGUCACAAGCUCAGGGAAUGUGAUUAAUCGAAAAGAACAUGAUGUAGAAGGUGGUGUGAGGGAAAUGAUUGGCGCCAAAGAUUCCCUUGUACAGACUGAUGGAGAUUCUGUUCCAGGAGAACGUCCAGUCGACUCUGCCUUACAUGACCACAGUCUUUCAAAACCACUGCUCCAAAACAUUGAUACCCAUUGUCUUUCAGGUUCUUCAAAUCAGACACAGAUCAGUAGAGAAGAACGUUUGUGCUUUGCUCAGGAAAGACAGGGCAAUGUUGGUAUCGGUGAACAUCUAGAGAUAAAACAUGGCUUACAGUGCAAGCAAUCUGCCCAAGUUCAUGAUGGCUUAAGAAGCUCAAGAACCGUGAAAGGCCUUGGUAAUAAUAGAAAUAAUGCUCCGACUGAUCACCCAUAUGGAUCUACUGUGGAUGCUACCUCUCACUCUCCAACUGACCCUUCCACCAUUCCAGCCUCUGGAUUCUUCUCCACUGAUGCUCCAGUGGACUCUACCUCAUGCACUCCUUCCAAACGUCCAGCGUCCCCCAAGUCUUCCUGUAGCCCGAACUACACGUUGUUGAUGUCGGAGUUGCUUGGGGUUCUCCCAGUUCUCCCUGCGGGCAUCCAGGACAGGAGCGCACACAUCAUCAACAGCAUUUUCAAGGUGAAUCUGGACAUCACCACUCUUAUCACGCUUGUGUCUGCUGUCACCCAUGGCAACUGUAACUAUGUGUUCACUGAGAACAUCCUCACGAUGCAGGCAGUGGAAGAGAGGGAUGCUAGGUCUGUUNGAAGCCGGUGCUACCUGGUCUGUUGGAGUUUAUGAAAGGUAAGGAGCUGUAUGCGUGUCGAGCUGCCGUGGACGACUUCAACACCAUCUUGUCUACACUUGGGGGAGAUGGGGAGAAACAGAGGGCUGCAGAGCUCCUAGCCAGGG